GCAUCAAUCACAACUCCACUGACAGCAACGAAGCAAGGGACUCGCUCGAUUGAAGACUGAAGUGAACGACUUGUGUGGAGGAGAUUAACGCAAAGACACAAGGAUGGGCGACAAGCAAGCGAAGCAGCAGCGACAGAUCACCGGCGUUGUCGUUGGGUGUGGACAGCGCGGCUAUGGCUACUCCCUGUACGCGCGCGACUACCCUGAUCGCAUGAAGAUUGUCGCAGCCGCAGAUCCGAAGACGUUUCGACGAGACAUGAUGAAGCAGGCCCAUGACCUCGACGAUGACCACAUCUUCACAGACUGGCGCGAGUUGGCAAAGCGCGGAAAGAUUGCCGACUUUGUGCUCGUGGCAACACAAGAUCGCGACCACAAGGAGCCAGCGAUCGCCUUUGCCAACCUUGGAUAUCACGUUCUCCUGGAGAAGCCAAUGGCAGUGACACGAGAAGACUGCCAAGCCAUCAGCGAGGCGUGCGAGAAGAACAGCGUCAUGCUGUGCAUCUGCCACGUGCUCCGCUAUGCGCCGCACAACCGCCUGCUGAAGCAGCUUGUGGAAUCCGGCCGCAUUGGCCGCCUCGUCAACAUCCAGCACACGGAGCCCAUUGGCUUUUUCCACUUUGCCCACUCGUAUGUCCGCGGGAACUGGCGGCGGGAGGACGAGUCCACGUUUGCACUCAUGGCCAAGUCCUGCCACGACAUCGACCUCAUCCGAUGGUGGAUGGGCAAGAAGUGCUUGCGGGUGUCGUCGUUUGGCAGUUUGUCCGAGUUUCACCCGGCAAGGAAACCAGAGGGUGCAACCGCCCGCUGCCUCGACUGCCCACUGAAGGACACGUGUGCGUAUUCAGCCACACGCAUCUAUCUCGAGCACGGCUUCUUUGCCAAAGUCGUUGCAGACGGCCCGCCCACGCAGGAGAACCUUGAGAAGAGUCUUCGGACAUCAAACUACGGCAAAUGCGUGUGGCAAUCCGACAACGACGUCGUGGACAACCAAGUUGUCAACUUUGAGUUUGAGGAGGGAUGCACCGCGAGCUUCUCCAUGAUUGCGUUUACAGAGAAGCUGUGCCAGCGGGAGACGACGUUUUACGGCACAAAAAGGCAGCUCCGCUGCUUCUCCGAGCGCGAGGUUGUUCUGUAUGACUUUGAGACACAGCGCGAGGAGCGCAUCCAAUGCGACCUUCCUCCGCCAAACACCAGCCUUCGUGGCCAUGGCGGAGCUGAUUUUUUCCUCGUCGACGCUUUCACCAAGGCAGUCGCACAGAAUGACCCGAGCUUCAUCACAACAUCUGCUAGGGAUGCGCUUGCCUCGCAUGAACUGGUGUUUGAUGCAGAGGAUGCGCGGCGAAAGGGCGCGGUUGUGGAGCCGAAAGCCGUUGCUUGAUUUGAAGAUUUGUCGUGCGUGCUUUUCAUAAAUUUCUACAAUCAACUCCACAAACAAGCAACAAGC